ACUCAAAUGAUCGAUAAACGUAAAAAACGUAAACAAAGUUCAUACGAACCAUGGAAACCGACACAAGACGAGCUGGAAGUAGCCAAGUUCCUUUACCGCAAACUGCCCACGACAGACGGUCGUCUCGGUGGAUCAGUUGUACGUGCGUUCUCACCUCAGGAGGCCAUAGAUAUGCUACUCGACUCUGUCUGGGCCAAGGUACAACCUGGUGCUAAAAACCCCAAGCCUCGUCUUUUCAACUCUCCUGCUGCAGCCGUGUCAUUUAUGAACACCUUGAUUCAGAAGCAAAUGUUCUAUCGUGCCAUCAAGGUCAAGCGGAAGUUGGUGCCGCAGAAGCAACGUACAGCUGAUGAUGAGAAGUCGUCGACGAAGACAAAGUGCAAAAAACGAUCUGACGACAGCAAAAACAAAGACACCUCCGGUGAGCUGGCGACCUGUGUGGAUACAGAAGAAGUUGUAGAUUCCACAGCCUUGCCGGAAUCGCCCGCGGAAGACAAGGCAUCAGUCACGGGAAAAGGUUCGAAUGUGGAGUCUACUUGCAAGACAUCUGGGAACCCGAAAUCACAAAGCUCCUCUUCAUCGAAACCAGUGCGUUUGGAGAUGUCCAACGAACAGACAUUCGUUGUCGAUGAUCCAUCUACUGUGUACGUGUGGGUGUAUGAGCCACCUCCAGGCUUGUUCAAUUGGCUUGCGGGUACCGCCGUCAUUAUUGGCAUAAUCUUAUGUUGCCUGUUUCCAAUUUGGCCGACAGAACUUCGAACUGGCGCCUACUAUCUCACCAUACUAGCCUCUCUCCUUUUUGGUCUUCUGCUCGUUGUAGCCCUUAUCCGUUUCUUGUUAUACCUCUCCGUUUGGUUAGUCACCAUGGGGAAGUACACCUUUUGGCUGUUUCCUAACUACUUUGAAGACUGUGGGUUCUUCGAAUCAUUUCGGCCUGUCUAUACCCUGAUGUCCACGGAUUCCACCUCUACCAAGUCAUCUAAGGAAAAGAAAUCACGGCUAAAGCCGGCGACUACUUCGAAUGGUUCCGCCAAGUUAAAAAAUGGUCCUCUCUCCGUCGCUGAACCAAUCAAUACCGAGGUUCCCCAAAAGCUUGAUUGAGUUUCGUUAUCAUUCGUUUCCAUAUAUUUGUUUUUUGGUGAUCGAUGAUCAUCUGUAGUUUCUUGGUGGUUCUCUUUUACCCGUCUCCCCCCUCGUGUUGGCGCGGUGCUCCGUUUUCUCUGUUCAUUUUGUUUUGUUUUCAUAUGAUCAAUCCGGUUUGUAAAUGAUCAGCUAUCUUUCGUUUGUGUCAAAUGGUUGCCCCCCUUUUUCGCGGUUUUUCGCAGUGAAUCAUUCGUUAUUACGUACAAAUCUGUCUUUUUAGCUAACCGUUAUCCUCACUUUCGGGGACCGAUAGCCCUAGGCUUAACAGAAGAGUGGUACUCAACUUCUUGUAUAUAAUCCCACCUUUAUAUUGUGUGAGCUCAGUUAACCAAUGGGAGUUAUCCUUUUUAGUUGGGGGUCAAAUUGCCCGGAAUUCAUGUGAUGCG